AUGCUUCUCGCACAAGCACUGUGGUUUACGGCGAGUCGCAUCGACCAAUCUUCCACCGCACCGAGCCAAUUUUACCAACGAGCCAAAGCCCUCUUCUGGUCUGGCAGCGAGAGCGAUCCUCUUGUCACCGUCAAGGCUGCGUUGAUGCUCAUGUCGCAAGAUCGGCAAGCGACUGGACACGUUACGGUGGACAACAGUGAGCUUUGGCUUCACGUGGCAGUCACGAUUGCAUACAGGAUCAAGCUGCACAAAGAUCCUCGGCUCGACUCCAAAAGUGGCAUACGUCGGCGAUUGUGGUGGACCAUUGUGGCACAAGAUUCCUUGAUGUCUUUGUUAUACGCUAGUCCUCGAGCUGUCAAUCUCAUGGACUCUGAUGUCCGAGGACUAGAUGACAGUGAUUUCGUCGACAGCCAAGCCGAUCCUGCCGCCUUCAGCUUGUACGUGGACAUCAGCAAGGUCCUAGGCGAUCUGACCGAGUGCUACCGGCGUGGAUUUAUGGGCUACAUGCACAAUUCAAGUAUUGAGAACAGCCUUCAUAUCUGGCGCAUUCGCCUGUGUCAGUAUGAAAGUGUGGAUGCCGACCGGGAUGUCCCACAGUCAACAGAUGAGAGCCUGACAGUUCGGCAAUUGAGGCUGCCUUAUUUUGCAGCUCUAGUGCUGUUUUCUCAGAGCCAGCGCACUCUAUCAACCGGCAAACGCUCCUCCGUAUCGAGCUUACCGAUAUCGGCCCUUGCUUCGAUCGCUGCUUCGUUGAGUGCUGAGACCUUCAAGAGCAUUCUGGAUCAUGACGAGAUCCAAUAUCUCGGCCCUGUGUUCACAAUCUACGCAUACUCUGCAAGCAUGGCGCUCCUCCGACUCUGGGCCUACCCAAGGCUGUGGAACGCCGCUCAGGCAGAUCUGCAGACAUUGCGAAAGGCUUUGUUGAGUCUUGCAAGACAUGAUUCUAGUGUGGCUAACGCGGCAAAAGCUUUGGACCAUUGCCUUGAAUGCCUGAAAACAACAGAGCAGUAUCGUCCUGCUGAUCUGCCCAGUGUAUCCGACAAGGCACUCUGUCUCAAAUUCCUGGAGACCAUGUCACCGGCGGGUUGCCGGCUGUGGAGCCACAUUGCAGAGCUCGUUGACGACCCCGGGUCUCUUGGUGCAGACCGGACACUCAAUUCACUGGCCCGUGGAGAAACGAGGGCUGACGCCGCGACCGCCUUCCGGUCAGAGCGCACUCGUUGGUUUUCAGAUAACUCGCUUUCCAGCCACGGGUUUGCCUAUGAUCAGUUUGAAGACUGGAUCCUACACAAUGGCUGA